AUGCCCCUCAAAUCCGUCCUCAUAACCGGCUGCAGCCCCCACGGCAUCGGCGCCGCCCUAGCGACCGAGUUCCACCUGCGGGGCCACCGCGUCUUCGCCACGGGCCUCUCGGAGACCGACCUCGAGCCCCUCCGCGCCCUGGGCACCGAGACCCUCGUCCUGGACGUCACGUCCGCGUCGUCGAUCGCGGCGGCCAUGGCGCACGUCCAGAAAGCGACGGGCGGCACGCUCGACAUGCUGGUCAAUAAUGCGGGCGUCAUGCACAUCAUGCCAUUCGCCGACACCGACGUCGCUGACGCACGGCGCGUGUUCGAGGUCAAUGUGCUGGGGGUUUUCGCCGUGACGCGGGCUUUCGUGCCGUUGCUGGUUACUGCGGCUGCGGCUGCGCGCGGGGGGAAUGGUGGAGGAGGUGGUGGGGCUAGUGAUGCCAUCGUGGCGAACCUAGGCAGCGUCAACGCCGUCUUGCGCCCGCCCUUCCUCGGCGCAUACAACGCGUCCAAGGCCGCUGUCGAGUGUCUGGGCGCGAGCAUCCGGACCGAGCUGGCGCCGCUGGGUGUGCGGGUCGUCACGGUCAAGACGGGCAGCGUGAGGACGGGGCUGUUCGACAAUGCGCCGCCGACGCGGCUGCCGGACGACAGCAUGUACGGCCCCGCGAGGGAGUUCAUCGAGGGCAGGAAGAUGCUGAAGAGCGCCCGGUUUAUGGACGUCGAGGUUUAUGCAAGGAAUGUGGUGGAUGAGCUGUUGAGGCCGGCGGUUAGACAUGUUGUCUGGAAGGGCGGUUUGUCGACUGUUGCUUGGAUCUUGAGCUGUGUUGGGUGGGAGGGCAUGAUGGACAGUACAUUGAUAAAAGGCAAUUUGCUUGACCGAAUACGAAGGUGGUAG